AUGGACUGGUCUCCAGAUCAGAAUCAAGUUCACCGUUAUAACCUGCCCAAUGUUACCAUCAAGCCUGCAGAUGUGGCGCUGACCAUAACUCCGGAGCCCACCAUGGAGCGGGACUCUUCUCCAGUGCAGCAGGAGGGCUCUGCUCAGACUCCGGGCCCUUCUGUGGAGACAGAACCCUAUAUUAGUGAUCAGGAGCAGCCCACUCAGUAUGUUGAGUCUUCUGUAGAGAACAAACCCUCUCCAGCCCAGCAGGAGACCCCAUAUCAAACUCUGGGCCCUUCCCUGGAGACAGAAGCUUCUCCAGCCCAGCAGGAACCCCCAGAGCCGACUCCGGUCCCUUCUGCAGAGACGGAACCUUCCCCAUUCCAGCAGGCACCCAGAGCUCACACUGCACGCCCUUCCGUGGAGGCAGAACCUUCUCCCCGUGAACAGGAGCAGAUAGCUCAGUAUGCGGAGGCUCUGGUGGAGACCCAGCCUCCUCCAGGCCCUCCCGUGGAGACAGAGCCUUCUCUCAGAGAACAGCAGCAGAUUGCUCAGUACGUGGAGGCCCUGGUGGAGACUCAAGCUCCUCCAGGCCAGCUGGAGGCCCUAGCUCUGACUCCAGUCCCUCCUAUGGAGACAGAACCUUAUAUCAGUGAGCAGGAGCAACCAAGGUGGCCCUCUGAGUCUUCUGAGGAGGUUGAAUCUUCUGGAAAGAAGACAGAAGUCCCAGCCCAGCCUCCAAGUCAUCACACAGUGACCAUUUUACCUCCCGGUCACCAUCAAGUUCAGCAGUACGACUUGCCCAAUGUGACUACUAAACCUCCAGACCUGCAGCUGACCCUAACACCAAAACCUGAAGCAGAAGUGGAAACAUUUCCAGUCAGCCAUGAGGUCACAACAACGCAGGCCUCAGUCGCAGCUCUGCCUCCAACACCUCUUGAAGAGGUCGAACCACUGCCAAUUCAAUCUCCAGAAGUUAUGCAGGAUGAGAAACCCUCUACGACCCAGCAGGAGGAAACAGCUGAAAUUUUACAGACCCCCGUGGAGGCUGGACCUUCUCCAAUCCAUCAGGAAGCCCAAGCCCACGCCUCAGUGUUCCCUACGGAGCCUGAGCCUUUGAAAGACCAGGAGGCAGACACAGCUCAGCAGCCAAAGCCCCCGGAAGAGGAUGAGCACUCCCCACUUCCAGGGGUCCCAGCUCAGCCUGAAGAACUGAAGGAACCUUCACCAAGCCAGCAGGGGAUUUCCGUUCCACCUCUAGAGCGCCCCGUGAGUGCUUACCAAUUACCACUCCAACAGGGAAACACAAACCAGCCUUCAGAUAUCUUCCCAGAGAUGAGUGAUGCUAUCCCAAUGAAUAUGACAUUUUCACCUCAUAUUCCAGAAGAAAUACUCAGAACUCAGCAUUUAAGGUUGUCUAAAACCAAACCAAAACAUGUGGAUAUUGACCUUACCAGAACCCUAAAGCCCACUCCAGAGGUUUAUCCUUACCCCAGUCAACAGGAAGGACCUGCCCAGCCUACAGUUCCCACCAAGCAAGUUGAAUUUUCUCCAACCCAGCUUGGGCCUCCUCUUGCCAAGCCUCCGGCACUGCCUGAAAAGAUGGAACUUUCUCGCAGCUGAGCCUCUAGAGCCCCUCAAGGAGGCAGAACAAGCUCCAGUGCAAAAUGUAGCCCCAGCCAAGCCACAAGACUUCCCUAACACUCAAUCGUCUGCAACCAGCAGGAGCUUCAAACUCAGCAACCAAACCUGACCAAAGUCACAGGUCAACCUUUGGAUGUGGAACUCACCAUAACUACACAACCUGGAAUGGAAGGCGGACUUUCUCCAAUCAUGCAGGAGGCCCCAGUUCAGCUUCCAGGGCCAUCUAAGGGGGGUAUAGCUCAACCCCCAGGAUAUCAGGGGAUGACAGUUCCAACACCAGCUCAGGAUCAAGCUCCGUUUCCAAAAUCACCCCGCAUCACAUUUCAACCUUUUGAUCUGGCACUUACAAUAACUCCACAGCCCAUUACAGAGGCUGAACUUGCCACAAAUGUGCAGGAGACUCCACCUAAAGAAUCUGUAGCUCAGCCACCAGUGCAUCAUGAGGGUCAAAAUCAACCUCCACUAUCACCCAGUGUCACAAAUCAACCUUUAGACCUGGCACUUACCAUUACUACAGAACCUACUACAGAGGCUGAGCAUCCUACAGACCUGAGCAAGACUACAGCUCCAUCUCCAAACCUGACUCCAGUCACAACUCAACAUCUGGACCUGGGACUCACCAUAACUCCAGAAACCAGCAGUAUGGUGACUGAACCCUCUACAGACAUGCAGGAGACCUCCAGUCAACCUCCCACGGAGGGUGUAACCCAAUCUCCAAUACAUCAAGAGGUGACAGUUCCAACACUGGGUCAUAAUCAAGCUCAAUAUCCAACAUUGCCUCACAUCACAGUUCAGCCUUUGGACACAGUGCUUACCAUAAAUGCAAAGCGUACCAGGAAGGCUGAACAUUCUACAGCCCUGAAGAAGACUAAAGUACCUCCCGUGCUCCAUGAGGAGGUACUUUCACAACCAGACCAGGUUCAGGCUCAGCAUCCAACCCUGACAGAAGUCACAGUUCAACCUUUUGAUGUAGAACUUACCCUAACUCCAGAAUCCGUUGUGGAGGGUGAACCACUCCCAACCAUGCAGGAGACUUCAGGGCAGCCUCCAGGGCCACAUAAUGAAGUGGUCUAUCAGCCUCCAGUUUAUUAUGAGAUGGUAGUUCCAAAA